ACUUUUGAUACCACAUUAAUUACAUUGUUUGACCAUCUUUCUUUUUCUUCUUCGCUUCUUUUCCGUUUUGUCAAAAACAUAACGACGAGGAAAACAAGCGGAAGAAGAGAUUGAUGUUCUUCUUCUUUUCUUUGCUGAGAUCAAUCAAAUAAACAGACAAAUAUGCUGAGGUCUUUCAUUAUUUUCUCCCUUUUCUUACACUCCUGUGUUGCGGCUCCCAAGACUCCAGCUGCUGUGGCGGCUGUUCCUGCCAAGAAAUGGCUCACCCUUAACGGACAAGAGCCUGGGGUUGUGGCUAGAGGUGGAUUUUCAGGUCUUUUCCCUGAGUCAAGCGCCUCUGCGAACGCCUUCGCUAUUAGCACCAGCUCCCCUGGCCUCACUAUGUUGUGCAACCUUCAGAUGACAAAGGACGGUGUUGGUAUCUGCUUGCCUGAUAUCAGGCUUGACAAUUCAACCACCAUCUCCACGCUCUUCCCUAAAGCUCAGAAGACCUACAAGGUCAACGGUCAGGACCUCAAGGGCUGGUUUGCCCUUGACUACUCUGCCGACACCAUUUUCUCCAAUGUCUCUUUGGUCCAGAACAUCUUCUCUCGGCCCAGCAUUUUCGACGGUCAGAUGCCGAUAUCUGCCGUGGAGGACGUCCUAGGAACCAAGCCUCCCAAGUUCUGGUUGAGCGUUCAGUACGACUCCUUCUACAUGGAACACAAGCUGAGUGCAGCUGAGUACCUGAAAACCUUACGAUUCCGUGGCAUUACUUUCAUCUCAUCUCCAGAGAUAGCCUUCUUGAAAAGCAUAGGGAUGGACGCAGGAAUGUCCAAGACAAAGCUCAUAUUCGAGUUCAAAGACCCCGAGGCAAUUGAGCCAACCACCAACAAGAAGUACAGCGAGAUUCUUCUGGACCUUGCAGCCAUCAAGGCCUUUGCAUCAGGCGUUCUUGUCCCCAAAGACUAUAUUUGGCCACUUGACUCUGCUAAUUACCUUAAGCCCGCUUCCACCUUUGUUGCUGAUGCACACAAGGCUGGUCUAGAGGUCUACGCUUCAGGUUUUGCCAAUGAUUUGCGUACCAGCUUCAACUACAGCUAUGAUCCCUCCGCUGAGUAUCUUCAGUUUGUGGACAAUGGACAGUUCUCUGUUGAUGGUUUCAUCACUGACUUCCCGCCAACAGCAUCACAAGCCAUCAGUUGUUUGUCUCACCAACAGGGAAAUCUCCCUAAAGCAAACCAUGCAUUGGUCAUAACUCACAAUGGAGCAAGUGGAGACUAUCCAGGCUGCACUGAUAUGGCUUAUCAAAAGGCGGUCAACGAUGGAGCAGAUGUGAUAGACUGUUCUGUCCAAAUGUCCAAAGAUGGAAUAGCUUUCUGUCAUGAUUCUGCAGACUUAACAGCAAGUACCACAGCCAUGACCACGUUCAUUUCACGUGCCACCAGCGUUCCUGAGAUCCAGCCUACCAAUGGCAUUUUCUCUUUUGAUCUCACUUGGGCAGAGAUCCAGUCUCUAAAACCUCAAAUCCUGAGCCCCUUCUUAACUAAAGGGGGAUUCCAGAGAAAUCCAGCAAACAAGAAUGCUGGUAAGUUUAUGACUCUCGUUGACUUCCUUGAGUUCAGCAAAGAAAAGGCUGUCACUGGAGUUCUUAUCAACAUCGAGAAUGCUGCUUAUCUAGCCUCAAAGAAAGGUCUAGGAAUAGUAGAUACAGUCCAGUCUGCGAUCACCAAGUCCACACUCGACAAGCAACUAACCCAAAAAGUGUUGAUUCAGUCAGACGACAGUUCUGUUCUGUCCAGUUUCGCAGCUGUUCCUCCCUACACAAGAGUCUUGACCAUCGACAAGGAAAUAGGAGAUGCUCCCAAACCAUCCAUUGACGAAAUCAAGAAGCAUGCAGAAGCUGUCAAUCUCAAGAGAAGUUCUCUAGUCACCACCUCUGAAAGCUUUGCCACAGGGAAGACCAACGUAGUGGAGGAAAUGCACAAGGGGAAUGUAUCUGUAUACGUCUCUGUGCUAAGAAACGAGUACCUCUCCAUAGCGUUUGACUACUUCUCUGAUCCCACGGUAGAGAUUGCCACAUUCAUCGCAGGGAAUGGCGUUGAUGGAGUCGUCACAGAGUUCCCUGUCACAGCCACCAGAUACUUGAGGAGUCCAUGCUCAGAUUUGAACAAAGAGCAGCCCUAUGCCAUCUUACCAGCAGAGGCUGGCGCUCUACUCUCCGUGGCGGCCAAGGAAGCACAGCCACCAGCUAGUGCUCCAAACCCACCUCUGGACGCCAGAGACGUGAUUGAUCCGCCUCUUCCUCCUAUUGCAAACAUUGUCUCCGCUAAUGCAAGUGGAGAACCUCCUGGUCAUUCAGGCACCAUUGCCGCCACUGCUAAUCUUGGCCUUUCCUUGCUGACAAUACUGGUCUUGGGACUCCUCUUUGCUGCUGAGUAAAGAGUGAUCACACGGUAUAACUUCAUAGGUUGAGUAAAAUGUUCUUUCUUCCUCAGCAUAUUCUAAACUGACACACAAGCUAUUUUAUGUUUUCCUCGUGUUAAGCAUAAAAUGAUUUGUUGUUUAUAGAUUAAAGCUCUAAAGAAACUUUGUUUGUUUGUGAUACGAAGGUUUGGUUUCAGUAAAAAUUUUGAAUCUUGAUAGCAUGCUCUACUUUUAUAC